UCCCGCAGCCAAUCGGGGCGGCGGCGCGUCCGGGGCGGGGGGGGGGGCGCGACUCGCCGGGCGCGCACGGGGCGGGGCUCCGCUUGACCGUGGCGGUCGCCGGGCAGCCUAUCCCGGGCGCAGCUAGCGCAGGGAGCGCAGGCGGCGGCGGCAGCACCUGGUCCCCGCGGCUCCAGCGCUCGGCGCAGCGAAGUAGCCUCGGGCGGUGGCAACCACGGCAGCGGCGCCCGGGCGAUGCUGCGGGUCUCGUCCGGCGCCGGUGUCCUGGCCUCUUCCUCAGAACGAAGAACAAACUAAAUUCAUCUCAAAAUGAUUAUAAAUCAUCAAGACGGAGUAGCCUGCCACCUGAACUACUCAUAGGAAAUGACAUUAGAGGAAGACUUCAAAGAAACAUUAAGAACUUUGAUCCGAUUCAUCUGAGGCACCCAAAGAAGAGACCAUCCAUAUUUCCAGCUUCUCCCGUUGGUAACGGUUACAUCAAGCCUCCGGUUCCACCUGCUUCUGGCACACACAGAGAGAAAGGGCCGCCAACCAUGUUACCCAUCAAUGUGGACCCAGACAGCAAACCAGGAGAAUAUGUCCUCAAAAGUUUAUUUGUCAACUUCACCACUCAGGCCGAACGCAAGAUUCGUAUCAUUAUGGCAGAGCCCCUGGAAAAGCCAUUAACAAAAUCUCUGCAACGUGGAGAAGACCCCCAGUUUGAUCAGGUCAUCAGCUCAAUGAGCUCCCUUUCUGAGUACUGCCUGCCUUCCAUUCUACGUACAUUAUUUGACUGGUAUAAAAGGCAAAAUGGCAUUGAGGAUGAAUCACAUGAAUACAGACCAAGAACAAGCAAUAAAUCAAAAAGCGAUGAACAACAGCGAGAUUAUUUAAUGGAAAGACGGGACCUCGCCAUUGAUUUUAUUUUUUCUUUAGUAUUAAUAGAAGUUUUGAAACAGAUUCCACUUCAUCCUGUAAUAGACAGUUUAAUACAUGAUGUUAUUAACUUGGCUUUCAAGCACUUUAAAUACAAAGAAGGGUACCUUGGUCCCAACACUGGCAAUAUGCACAUUGUGGCAGACCUGUAUGCCGAAGUCAUUGGAGUGUUGGCACAAGCCAAAUUCCCUGCUGUAAAGAAGAAAUUUAUGGCAGAGCUAAAAGAAUUACGGCACAAAGAGCAGAACCCAUAUGUGGUUCAAAGCAUUAUCAGCUUGAUAAUGGGGAUGAAAUUCUUUCGAAUUAAGAUGUAUCCAGUGGAGGAUUUUGAGGCCUCUCUUCAGUUUAUGCAGGAAUGUGCACAUUAUUUCCUUGAGGUCAAAGACAAAGACAUCAAGCACGCCUUGGCUGGGCUUUUUGUUGAAAUCCUUGUUCCAGUCGCUGCUGCUGUUAAAAAUGAAGUAAAUGUUCCCUGCCUUAGAAAUUUUGUGGAAAGCCUGUAUGACACCACACUGGAACUUUCUUCGAGAAAGAAGCAUUCCUUGGCCUUGUACCCUCUGGUGACCUGUUUGCUCUGUGUCAGUCAGAAACAGCUGUUCCUGAACAGGUGGCACAUUUUCCUCAACAACUGCUUGUCCAACCUAAAAAAUAAAGACCCCAAGAUGGCUCGAGUUGCACUGGAAUCUCUCUACAGAUUGCUUUGGGUUUAUAUGAUUCGAAUUAAAUGUGAAAGCAACACAGCUACUCAGAGCCGACUUAUAACCAUCAUCACAACACUUUUCCCCAAAGGGUCCCGCGGUGUGGUGCCAAGGGAUAUGCCUCUGAACAUCUUUGUGAAAAUCAUCCAGUUCAUUGCCCAGGAACGUUUAGAUUUUGCGAUGAAAGAAAUCAUUUUCGAUUUUCUUUGUGUGGGAAAACCAGCAAAAGCAUUCAGUCUCAAUCCAGAGAGAAUGAACAUUGGUUUAAGGGCAUUCUUGGUCAUAGCUGAUAGCUUGCAGCAGAAAGACGGGGAACCUCCCAUGCCGGUUACAGGAGCCGUUCUUCCUUCAGGAAACACAUUGAGAGUAAAGAAAACAUAUUUGAGUAAAACGCUAACUGAAGAGGAAGCCAAAAUGAUAGGCAUGUCCUUAUAUUACUCUCAAGUACGAAAAGCUGUAGACAACAUUUUAAGGCACCUUGAUAAAGAAGUAGGAAGGUGUAUGAUGCUGACUAAUGUCCAGAUGUUAAACAAAGAACCGGAAGACAUGAUCACGGGUGAGAGAAAGCCAAAAAUAGAUCUUUUCAGGACCUGUGUUGCUGCUAUUCCUCGACUGCUUCCUGAUGGGAUGUCAAAACUUGAACUUAUUGACUUGCUGGCUAGGCUCUCUAUUCACAUGGAUGAUGAAUUGCGACAUAUUGCACAAAACUCUCUUCAGGGUCUACUUGUUGACUUCUCAGACUGGAGAGAAGAUGUACUAUUUGGCUUCACCAACUUCCUGCUCCGGGAAGUGAAUGAUAUGCAUCACACACUCCUUGAUUCGUCCCUGAAGUUGCUGCUGCAGCUGCUUACCCAGUGGAAACUGGUCAUACAGACCCAAGGAAAAGUCUGUGAACAAGCCAACAAAAUCAGAAAUUCAGAGCUCAUUGCAAAUGGCUCCAGUCACAGAAUUCAGUCGGAACGAGGUCCCCACUGCAGUGUACUCCAUGCUGUAGAAGGUUUUGCUCUGGUUUUACUCUGCAGUUUCCAGGUGGCCACGCGCAAACUGUCCGUUUUAAUACUCAAGGAAAUUCGAGCAUUAUUUGUUGCCUUGGGACAGCCUGAGGAUGACGACAGGCCGAUGAUUGAUGUCAUGGAUCAGCUAAGUUCUUCCAUUCUAGAAAGUUUCAUUCAUGUAGCAGUUUCGGAUUCAGCAACGUUACCACUGACCCACAAUGUGGAUCUGCAGUGGUUGGUGGAAUGGAACGCAGUCCUGGUCAAUAGCCAUUAUGAUGUGAAGAGCCCUUCCCAUGUCUGGAUAUUCGCACAGUCUGUCAAAGACCCCUGGGUGCUCUGCCUCUUCAGCUUCCUCCGGCAGGAGAACUUGCCCAAGCACUGCCCCACAGCCCUCAGCUAUGCCUGGCCUUAUGCCUUCACUCGGCUCCAGUCGGUGAUGCCUCUGGUGGACCCAAAUAGCCCAAUUAAUGCCAAGAAAACCAGCACUGCCGGCAGCGGAGACAACUAUGUUACUUUGUGGAGAAAUUACCUAAUUCUUUGUUUUGGAGUUGCAAAACCCAGUAUCAUGAGCCCAGGACACUUGAGAGCCUCCACUCCAGAAAUAAUGGCAACCACACCUGAUGGUACAGUGAGCUACGAUAACAAGGCCAUAGGCACCCCAUCGGUGGGAGUUCUGUUAAAGCAGUUGGUGCCUUUGAUGAGACUAGAGAGCAUUGAGAUCACAGAGUCCUUAGUUUUAGGAUUUGGAAGAACAAAUUCCCUUGUUUUCAGAGAAUUGGUAGAAGAACUUCAUCCAUUAAUGAAAGAAGCUCUGGAAAGAAGACCAGAGAACAAGAAACGCCGAGAACGGCGAGACUUGUUAAGGCUACAACUGCUUCGAAUUUUCGAACUUCUGGCUGAUGCUGCUGUAAUAAGUGACAGCACAAAUGGAGCCUUAGAGCGGGAUACUUUAGCCCUGGGAGCUUUGUUCUUAGAAUAUGUGGACUUGACCCGCAUGCUCCUAGAAGCUGAAAAUGACAAAGAAGUUGAAAUUCUUAAAGAUAUCCGGGCACAUUUUAGUGCAAUGGUUGCCAACUUGAUUCAGUGUGUUCCAGUUCACCACCGAAGAUUUCUCUUCCCCCAGCAAAGCCUGAGGCACCAUCUUUUCAUCUUAUUCAGCCAGUGGGCAGGACCCUUCAGCAUUAUGUUCACUCCUCUGGAUCGUUACAGUGACAGAAAUCAUCAAAUUACAAGAUAUCAGUAUUGUGCAUUAAAAGCAAUGUCAGCAGUACUUUGCUGUGGCCCUGUCUUCGACAAUGUGGGCCUUUCCCCAGAUGGCUACCUAUAUAAGUGGCUUGACAACAUUCUGGCUUGUCAAGAUUUACGAGUUCAUCAACUUGGCUGCGAAGUUGUGGUCUUGCUACUGGAACUUAAUCCUGACCAAAUAAAUCUUUUUAACUGGGCAAUUGACCGAUGCUACACAGGUUCCUACCAACUUGCAUCUGGCUGCUUCAAAGCCAUAGCAACCGUGUGUGGAAGCAGGAACUAUCCCUUCGACAUAGUGACAUUGUUGAACCUUGUUCUAUUCAAGGCCUCUGACACCAACAGAGAGAUUUAUGAAAUCUCCAUGCAGCUCAUGCAGAUCCUUGAAGCAAAGCUUUUUGUAUACUCAAAGAAAGUUGCUGAACAAAGACCGGGAAGUAUUCUCUAUGGAACUCACGGCCCACUGCCACCUCUCUACAGUGUGUCACUUGCCCUCUUGUCAUGUGAGCUGGCCAGGAUGUACCCUGAACUCACACUCCCCCUCUUCUCAGAGGUAAGCCAGCGAUUCCCCACGACACACCCCAAUGGGCGCCAGAUCAUGCUCACCUACCUGCUGCCCUGGCUGCACAACAUCGAGCUGGUGGACAGCAGGCUCCUCCUCCCAGGGUCCAGCCCCAGCAGCCCAGAGGACGAAGUCAAGGACCGGGAGGGCGAUGCAACUGCUUCUCAUGGGCUGAGAGGAAAUGGCUGGGGCUCUCCAGAAGCCACGUCACUGGUCCUGAACAACCUCAUGUACAUGACGGCCAAGUAUGGAGAUGAAGUUCCUGGGCCAGAAAUGGAAAAUGCUUGGAAUGCUUUGGCCAACAAUGAAAAAUGGAGCAACAACCUGAGGAUCACCUUGCAGUUCCUGAUUAGCCUCUGUGGGGUCAGCAGUGACACAGUUCUCCUGCCCUAUAUUAAAAAAGUGGCAAUAUACUUGUGCCGUAACAACACCAUCCAAACCAUGGAAGAGCUUCUCUUUGAGCUGCAGCAAACAGACCCUGUGAACCCCAUCGUCCAGCACUGCGACAACCCGCCCUUCUACCGCUUCACGGCCAGCAGCAAGGCCUCCGCAGCAGCCUCGGGAACCACCUCUAGCAGCAACACAGUGGUUGCUGGCCAGGACAAUUUCCCAGAUGCUGAGGAGAACAAGAUAUUGAAAGAAUCUGAUGAAAGGUUUAGUAAUGUCAUCAGAGCCCACACUCGCCUCGAGUCAAGAUACAGCAAUAGCUCUGGAGGAUCCUACGAUGAGGAUAAAAAUGAUCCAAUUUCUCCCUAUACGGGCUGGUUGCUGACUAUUACAGAGACCAAGCAGCCGCAGCCUUUACCGAUGCCUUGUACUGGAGGAUGCUGGGCACCCCUGGUUGACUAUCUCCCGGAGACCAUCACUCCCCGGGGACCACUCCAUAGGUGCAAUAUUGCUGUAAUUUUUAUGACUGAAAUGGUGGUGGAUCACAGUGUACGAGAAGAUUGGGCGCUUCAUCUACCAUUAUUACUUCAUGCUGUCUUCUUAGGUUUGGACCAUUACCGGCCUGAAGUCUUUGAACACAGCAAAAAACUGCUUCUUCACCUCUUGAUUGCCCUGUCUUGCAACAGCAAUUUCCAUUCCAUUGCUUCUGUGCUCCUGCAGACUCGAGAGAUGGGUGAAGCUAAGACUCUAACCGUGCAGCCAGCUUACCAACCUGAAUAUCUCUAUACAGGUGGCUUUGACUUCCUCAGAGAGGACCAGUCAUCCCCGGUGCCUGACUCAGGGCUUAGCUCCAGCUCCACCUCCUCCAGCAUCAGUCUGGGAGGCAGCAGCGGGAACCUCCCGCAGAUGACCCAGGAGGUAGAAGACGUGGACACAGCUGCUGAAACAGAUGAGAAGGCAAACAAGCUCAUUGAGUUUCUGACAACCAGGGCAUUUGGUCCACUUUGGUGCCAUGAAGACAUCACACCUAAAAAUCAAAACUCAAAGAGUGCUGAACAGCUCACUAAUUUUCUACGUCACGUUGUCUCUGUAUUUAAAGAUUCCAAAUCAGGCUUCCAUCUGGAGCACCAAUUGAGUGAAGUUGCAUUGCAAACAGCCCUUGCAAGCUCUUCGAGGCACUAUGCUGGUCGGUCCUUCCAGAUAUUCCGAGCCCUCAAGCAACCUCUGUCAGCACAUGCCUUAUCUGACCUUCUCUCGAGAUUGGUGGAGGUGAUCGGAGAACAUGGAGAUGAGAUUCAGGGUUAUGUAAUGGAAGCGCUCCUUACCUUGGAGGCGGCCGUGGAUAACUUAUCUGACUGCUUGAAGAACAGUGACCUCCUAACUGUAUUGUCCCGCUCUUCCUCACCAGAUUUAAGCUCCAGCAGUAAACUAACAGCAAGCAGAAAGAGCACAGGACAGCUAAACGUGAACCCUGGGACCACCAGCGGCAACACCGCGACUGCAGAACGGAGCCGGCAUCAACGAAGCUUUUCUGUGCCCAAGAAGUUUGGUGUCAUCGACCGAUCCUCUGACCCACCUCGAAGUGCCACACUGGACAGAAUUCAGGCUUGUACCCAACAAGGCCUCUCCUCAAAAACCAGAAGCUCAUCCUCCUUAAAGGACAGUCUCACGGACCCAUCCCACAUAAACCAUCCCACCAACCUUCUGGCCACCAUCUUCUGGGUCACAGUAGCCUUGAUGGAGUCUGAUUUUGAGUUUGAAUACUUAAUGGCCUUAAGGCUGUUGAGCAGACUGCUGGCACAUAUGCCGCUCGAUAAGGCUGAGAACCGGGAAAAGCUUGAGAAACUCCAGGCACAGCUCAAGUGGGCUGACUUCUCAGGCCUGCAGCAGCUGCUGCUGAAAGGAUUCACAUCCAUCACCACCACAGACCUGACCCUGCAGCUCUUCAGUCUGCUGACACCAGUGUCCAAAAUAUCCAUGGUGGAUGCAUCCCAUGCUAUUGGGUUUCCACUGAAUGUCUUGUGUCUCCUGCCUCAGCUGAUUCAACAUUUUGAAAAUCCCAAUCAGUUCUGUAAGGAUGUAGCUGAAAGGAUUGCUCAGGUUUGUUUAGAAGAGAAGAACCCCAAACUUUCAAAUCUUGCUCAUGUCAUGACUCUUUAUAAAACGCACAGCUACACAAGGGACUGUGCCACGUGGGUCAAUGUGGUCUGUCGAUACCUUCAUGAAGCAUACGCUGACAUUACCUUGAAUAUGGUUACCUACCUGGCAGAGCUGCUGGAGAAAGGCCUCCCUAGUGUGCAGCAGCCCCUGCUUCAGGUGAUCUACAGUCUGCUCAGCUACAUGGACCUUUCUGUCGUUCCUGUCAAACAGUUUAAUGUGGAAGUUCUGAAGACAAUUGAAAAAUAUGUGCAGAGCGUUCACUGGAGAGAAGCUCUGAAUAUCUUGAAGCUGGUGGUGUCUCGGUCAGCCAGCCUCGUUCUACCUGCGUACCAGCACACUGACCUCUCAAAAAUAGAGAUGCAUCGAGUGUGGACUAGUGCUUCCAAGGAAUUACCUGGGAAGACCCUGGACUUCCACUUCGAUAUUUCAGAGACUCCAGUCAUAGGGAGGCGGUAUGAUGAGCUGCAGAAUUCUUCAGGGCGUGACGGGAAGCCCAGGGCCAUGGCUGUCACCCGGAGCGCAUCUUCCACUUCUUCAGGCUCCAACUCCAAUGUCCUUGUUCCUGUGAGCUGGAAAAGGCCCCAGUAUUCUCAGAAGAGAACAAAAGAGAAGUUGGUCCAUGUCCUUUCUCUGUGUGGCCAAGAAGUAGGAUUGAGCAAAAAUCCAUCAGUGAUUUUUUCAUCGUGUGGGGAUCUGGAUCUACUCGAGCACCAGACAAGCUUGGUUUCUUCUGAGGACGGCGCCCGAGAGCAGGAGAACAUGGAUGACACAAACAGCGAACAGCAGUUUAGAGUCUUCAGAGACUUCGACUUCCUAGAUGUGGAGCUGGAGGAUGGAGAGGGUGAGAGUAUGGACAAUUUCAACUGGGGAGUACGCAGACGUUCUCUGGACAGCCUGGACAAGUGUGAUAUGCAGAUUCUGGAGGAGCGCCAGCUGUCAGGAAGCACUCCCAGCCUGAAUAAAAUGAACCAUGAGGACUCCGAUGAGUCAUCUGAGGAGGAGGACCUCACAGCCAGCCAGAUCCUGGAGCACUCAGACCUAAUCAUGACUCUCUCCCCCUCUGAAGAGACAAAUCCCAUGGAGCUGCUCACCACAGCCUGUGACUUGGCCCCUGCAGACACUCAUUCCUUUAACACGAGAAUGUCCAGCUUUGAUGCUUCCUUGCCUGAUAUGAAUAAUCUGCAGAUUUCUGAGGGUUCAAAGGCUGAAGCUGUUCGUGAGGAGGAGGACACCACUGUGCAUGAGGAUGAUCUUUCCAGUUCCAUCAAUGAACUCCCAGCAGCUUUUGAAUGCAGUGACAGUUUUAGCCUGGACAUGACUGAGGGGGAAGAAAAAGGCAAUCGGGCGCUGGACCAGUUUACCCUGGCGAGCUUUGGAGAAGGUGACAGGGGAGUCUCUCCCCCUCCCUCGCCCUUCUUCUCAGCCAUCCUUGCCGCCUUUCAGCCCGCAGCCUGUGACGAUGCCGAGGAGGCCUGGCGCAGCCACAUCAACCAGCUUAUGUGCGACUCAGAUGGCUCCUGUGCUGUGUAUACAUUUCAUGUGUUCUCCUCUUUGUUUAAGAAUAUUCAGAAAAGGUUCUGCUUCCUAACCUGUGAUGCAGCCAGUUACCUUGGAGAUAACCUCCGGGGAAUCGGAUCCAAAUUUGUCAGCUCUUCCCAGAUGCUCACCUCCUGCUCUGAAUGCCCUACACUUUUUGUGGAUGCAGAGACUCUCCUUUCAUGUGGACUUCUGGACAAGCUCAAGUUCAGUGUAUUAGAACUGCAAGAAUAUUUGGAUACCUACAACAACAGAAAAGAGGCCACACUCUCAUGGCUUGCAAAUUGUAAGGCAACAUUUGCGGGAGGAUCAAGAGAUGGAGUAAUUACCUGUCAACCAGGAGACUCCGAAGAAAAGCAAAUGGAAUCUCUUGCACAAUUGGAACUGUGUCAGAGAUUAUAUAAGUUACACUUCCAGCUGCUGUUGCUUUUUCAGUCCUACUGUAAGCUCAUCGGCCAGGUGCAUGAAGUUAGCUCCAUGCCAGAGCUGCUGAAUAUGUCCAGGGAACUGAGUGACCUAAAGAAACACCUGAAGGAAGCCACCGCCGCCAUUGCAGCCGACCCUCUCUACUCAGAGGGUACAUGGUCCGAGCCGACCUUCACGUCCACUGAAGCGGCCAUCCAGUCCAUGCUGGAGUGCCUGAAGAACAACGAACUCGGCAAAGCUUUGCGGCAGAUCAGGGAGUGCAGAAGUCUGUGGCCCAAUGACAUCUUUGGAAGCAGUUCUGAUGAUGAGGUCCAGACACUGCUGAAUAUUUAUUUCCGUCACCAAACUCUGGGACAGACAGGUACUUAUGCUCUGGUGGGGUCUAACCAGAGCCUGACGGAGAUCUGCACCAAGCUGAUGGAGCUGAACAUGGAGAUCCGGGACAUGAUCCGCAGGGCCCAGAGUUACCGCGUGCUCACGACCUUUCUUCCAGACUCCAGUGUUUCCGGCACUAGUCUCUGACAGGAGCCUCCUGUCCCCACUGGGUUCCAAACUGGCAGUGCUGCCAUGCUGGGGCGACAUCAUUCAGUGUCUUCUCGGCCUUCAAAAGGCUUGGACAGACUGUUCUCCCUCUUGUUACCUGUAGGGCUUUUUCUAAAGAGGAUGGCAGAACUUCCAAUGUGUAGCAAUACUAUAAGAACCAAGGUAGCUUAGAACAUCCUGGACAGACUCCACCCGUCAUGCUGUGUGACACAAAUGGGUUACAUUUGACCGAGCAUAUGCAACUCACUACUGAAGAAGUGACUUCCGUUGCAUACCAAAGCUGACUACACUGAACAGUACCUUCCUUUCUAGAAACAAUUUUAGAUUGGCAAAAGUGCAAUGUUUUCUUCACUCAAACAAUUUUAUAUUCUCAAACAUGUACAUUCUAUCCCUUUCUUGUUCCUUUCUUGUAUUGUUUUCUUUUUCCUUUCUUUAGUGGGCUAAGAAAGGGGCAGGCAGAAUGACGCUGGCCACUGAAAACUGUAAGAUGGUCAAAAGCUGACAGCCUGUGUAUGUGAAAAGGGAAUUGUAAAUGGACUGCAAUGUAAUGUACACUGUAAUUUGAAUAGAAUUACUGUAUCUAAAAGGAGCUGCUAUGAAAGGACCUUUCUUACGUUGCUAGGCUACUGUUUCUGAAGGCCCUGGAUCUCUUUGCACCAAAAAUGGUCCAGAUAGACUCUUUUUAAGGAUCUUGGCUGCUUUUUACUAGAAGGUUGCUUUUAUGAGCAUAUUUAUACUGCAGAAGGAUGAGUGUUAAUUUUAAUUAACUUUGCCAUUUUGUAGAGAAAAACUACUCGCAAUGUAAAUUCCAAGUCUUUUCACCAGUCAGGCAUGCAUAUUUUAAUAUCCAUUUGGAUAGCCGAAAGUAGAAUCAUAAAGGUAAAAUAUGAGUUGUUACUUUGUUUCUUAAAUGUCAUAUUUUAUGUGUAAUGUAUAUGUAAAGGGCCAUUCUUAAGUUCUCUCCUUCAACAAUGCUGUCAAAUGUUCGAUGUGUGCAUGUGAACUUGCUGCACAGCAGAAACAUAUUCAGAGUUUAUCUAUGUAACUUAUUCACUCUGUAAAUACAUUUAAAGUUUUUGUGAUGUAAGCUUACUUGAUAUUCUGUUCAGAACUUUCUUUAGACUAAAAAAAAAAAAAAAAAAAAAGACAAAAUACAUGUUGACCAUGGAUUUUAUUUCUGGUUGAUGAAAAUGUUUGCCCCGGGCACACAUGAAGUUUUGCAUGUGCCAAAGUAGUAACCCCAAGGGACACCCCUCACAUGUAUGCUAUGAAUGGCCCUUAUGAAGCUGGAGGUAAGUAUAAUCUCUUGGGAAGUUGGCUUCAAAACUGAGCUUCAAUCAAUUCUCUGUAAUUAACCAAGGGAAAAAAAUCAGAAAAAAGUGAAAGCUCCAGUUCCCAAUAAUCUAUAAUUAGGUUGUCACCCUUCAGAUUUGGAAAUUGAUUCUAUAGUGAGCAGGAAAAUGUAGGAGGAGUUUUAAUUCUGUCACCAACACCUAUCCGCUACCUACCCCACUAGGAAGACAGGAACACAGGGAGAAACGUAACAAUCUCAAUUAUGCUGUCUUUCUAUUCAUAUUUUACUUGGACCAACAAAUAUAACUUGUUUUACUAGCACACGGCUACUGAAUCAUUGGCAGUAAUAUUCUAGGAGUAUCCUACAGAAAAGAACCUAACCUAGGAUUUUUUUAUGUUACCACAAAUAUAACUACUAGUAUAUUUUAAUAAUUUUCUGAACUGCUGUAUACAUAAUUUUUCUGAUGGUUUAAUUUUUUUCAACUUGUCUGAAAGAUGAUUUGCUAUGAUUUGUAGUAACAACUGAAUCAUGAUCACUCUGAAAUAUACCUCAUAAAAUAAAGGUUUCUGUGGGUAACCACGAUAGCCAACUUUCAGAGAGUUUUGUCGGAAGCCACAGUAGAAAGAACAGAUUCGUCAUGAACUGAAUCUCCCACCAUGCUUUCUUACCCAGCAGAGAACCAGUGCAUUGCAAUCUAAGAUACUAACACAGGAAGCAGUGGGGGGUUUUUUGUUUUUCUCAAUUUUAUUUUUAAAAGGAGAUGUAUUAAUGUGAAAUAUUUCUUUUACUUUUCCUCUAUCUCUUCACCUCCUCUCCUUGAAGUGAUGGGAAAAAUUGUGUAGGACGCAGCACCACUCCAGCAGAGCCCAGCAGUAACUUGAUACACCGGUCAAAUCUUGCUGCCUAUUGCUCUGUUACUGAAGCAUUAAUGUUAAUUGCCUUCCCCAGGGAUACAGAGAAAUAGAGGUUCCAAAGGAAAGGGUAGAUAUUUAACAGAUGCCUCAGUGAUAAGAAAGAUUCCUCCUUGCAUCUAAUGCUUUCUAGCACUAAAACAUGAUACACUUUUGAUCCACCUGCAGAAUAAAGCAAGCCAGACAGGUGCUCUGUAACUUAGAUGUAACCUGAUUAAAAUUAUAGUCUCCAAAUACAGUAUUUAGAAAAGGCACUGUACAUUUUUAGAGGCAUAUGAAUGUCAUUCCCACCUCUUACCCAUCUAAUGUAGGUGAGAUGUUAAGAAAAUGUGCUGGUGUUGCUGUGAAAUAAAGAUGCCUGUAAUUGUAGGCAACACACACAUGCAUGAACAUCCAAAGUUAGGUCUCAAGGCUCUUCUGGUUCCAAGUCCUAACAAACAAUGAUCUUUUCAGUGAACUGUAGAAAUCUGGAAAAGAUAUUUCUUCAUUCAGCAAACAUGUAUUGCAUACCCACUCUGGGCUAGGCACUGUUUUAGAGGAUAUGGCAGCCAUCAAAACAGAUGUGGUCCCUGUUCCCAUGAGGCUCCUACAUUUGAGUGGAGGAAGACGUACUUGUCUAUGUUGGGUGGUGAUUAGUGCCGUGAAGAACAAAACGGACACAGCGAGUAAUGGGGAUGGGGCUCUCUUAGCUAUCAUUCUAAUAAGGUGGUAUCUGAGGAGAGAUCUGAAUGAAGUGGGGAUACGAUGGCUAUCCAGGGAAAAGAGCAUUGGGCAAAGGAGGAACACAUGCAGAGGCCCUGAAGGAGGAGUAGGAUCACUUCGUCGAAGGGACAGCGAGGAAGCCAAUGACUGAGUGAAAGAGUGAAGACAGCAUUCAGAGAGGACAGCCGAAAGUUCUGUAAGUCACAGCAGGACUUUGUCCCUUGCCGAGCAAGAUGGGGAGCCACUGGAGGUUUGCAGGCCGAGCUGUGACUUACAUUGAAAAGGAUUACUCCAUUUGGGAUGACGAAAAAAAGUUCUAUAAGGAAAGUUUUGUUGUGGUUAUACAGCAUUGUGAAUGUACUUACUGCCAAUGAAUGGUGUACUUUAAAAUGGUAAAUUUCAUGUUAUAUAUGCUUUACCACAAUAAAAAUAAUUGUUUUAAAGAA